GCUACUUCUCACCGGAAACCGGAUCUAAAGUAUUCAUUCGCGCAUGCGCAGCCCGAUUUCUUCCUUUCCGACGCUCGAGCGAAAAUAGGCAAGAUGGGCCACCAGCAGCUCUAUUGGAGUCACCCCAGAAAGUUUGGACAAGGUUCCCGAUCCUGCCGAGUUUGUUCCAACAAACACGGUCUGAUCCGUAAAUACGGACUCAACAUGUGUCGCCAGUGCUUCCGGCAAUACGCCAAGGACAUCGGCUUCGUCAAGAUGGAUUAGAUGUCACGUGGAAAGAUGCCUGCCAAAUGUUACCCGGAAGGGUGAAUAAUCCCACGUGCACACUGCAAAUAAAUGUUUUUCCGCCCCCCCCCAAUCGGAAUGCUUUGUUGUGUUCACUGAUAUUAAUGAUGUUUGUUAAGGUCACAACAAUGGAUAAAGUUGUCAGAAAUUCA